UUCUUUUCCCCAAGAACAUUGGUACCGGUACUUGGAUAUUUCUCACUCACUAAUAGUCUGUUUCCAGUUUGGAAGGAAUGCCUCGGGUUUGAAUUUCCCCUCUAUGCAGGAUCGCUUAUUAAUUGUUUAUUGCCAACCACUUGCUUCGAACCUUCUUUCUUCAUUCAACUCGCAACUUUUCCAAUCUUCAACAAACGCCUCUCUGGUCCCGUUCCGGCCAAUUGCAUCAGAACCCUUGCAGCCGCGAUUUCGUUGAGCCGUAGAAAUCUUGUAUCGUCUCCGUCCCUUGCCAACCAUUCCCUAGCAGGCAUUGUGCCAUCAACUGGCAAACUCCCCCAUCAUGGUGCUGGUCAAUCCGAACACGCUCGCGAACAAUCCCCCUGCUAUUCGACACAGGACUUUCUGGCCCUCCAUCGAUAUCGAUUGGCUCGAGUUCACCAAGUUCCCUAAACUUCCCCCGGAACUCCGUCUUAGGAUUUGGUCCCACUCACUUCCAGAUCCUAGGAUCGUGACAAUCGAGCAGAGCCUGACACGAGCAAAGGACUACCGCAUCUCCUGCCAAAAUCGCGUCCCUGGCACUUUGCUCGUCAAUCGAGAGUCACGUGAAGUUGCUCUGAAACGAUACUCCCUCCGCUUCACGACCUUGGAGAAUGUUUACGGACCUCCUGUAUACUUCGACUUCAACCGCGAUGUCAUAUGUCUGAAGAGAUGUGACAGAGCUUGGUGGAACAACUUCAACGAUGAGUUUAAUGAAGAUCUGAGCCUGGUGACUAGGAUCAUGAUAGAGAACCUACAUUGCUCCCUGAACCAAAUGAUUCUCCGAGCAGAACCGUUUCGUAACAUGUGCAGCUUAGGUUUAGUUCGUGAGGACCUUCAGCCGCGGCUGACUUUGAACGAAGAAAUGCGGGUUUUCUCGGGUCUGAGAGCAUGCAUACAUAGGGCGGAGGGAUUAGGCGCGAGGUUCAAGGAGGGGGACGCAAAGUUACUGGAGAGACUGGACGUUUACUUCAUUUCCCGCUUUAGUGUGUUUGAUCUGGAGCAAGGGGUGAGUGAUUGGGAGCCUUGAGACUCUCUCGAAUCGACGCAGCGUUUCGCCUUCCUCAGGACCGAAUCCUUCAGUCUCACGCCAAACACCAUCCACAUCUACCGACCGCCCAUUUUGUCCCUCGAUCGUCUUCUCAUCAACACACAACCUCGUCGAUCAACAUUUAAUAAAUGGCCUUUCCACAAGCACGGUUUUCUGUCACAACGACUUAGCC